AUGUCUGCACCCUGGAAAAAGUUACAUCUGUCAAGGGCAACCGGCUCACCUCCUCUUCUCUACAAAUAUAUCUCUACAUCCACCAGCUAUGAGCUCUACGUGACAGACCUGACUAACAUCUGGUCCGAACACAUGAGCCGUCAGGCUAUCUUGAAGAGAGCCGACAAAGACGAUGCCACAAUUGACCCCAGCGAAGAUCCAGAGCAGUUCGGACUCCUAUUACAAAAGAUCAGUGAUGCGCUGCAGCACGCGCCUGGAAGUAGCACUACUUUACAUCAUAGAAGCUCAGGCUCACUGGAGUUGACCACCUCCAUCAAACUACCUGCUCCGCUCGAACCGCUCAGGUGGACUUUGUAUCUGAGCAAAGAACAGCCAUCUUCCACCACCGCGCAUCUCCUUCUCCCCUUGAUCGAGGCAGAAGUAGACCGGGAGUCCCGCCAGAAGACACUGAUCGACCAACUGCACAAGAAAGACUGGAUUCUCGCAAAAUUAUUCGACAAGAUCGAAGCAGUCGGCAUUGAUUUAAGCACGAUAUUCCCCGGCAUAUCUGGCUUGCGCUCUAGUCGAAAGGGCACCACCCUGGCACAAGCGGCCAAAUACAUCAAAGGUGUUGCGCCUUUCGACGAACAGGCUUGGCUUAAUGAAGCCAGUAAAUCGUCUCCAGGCGUAGACCUUGCUUCUAACAUACUUGCGGAAAUCUCUGGCACUGGGGGCACAGAGUCGACGGGGAAGCUCCAUCCGCCACCAGACGCGUGGUGGGAAGAAAUCUCGACAAUCGAGGAUCAUGCUGAUCGCUCAUCUCCGCCCCAAAGAGAGACGCCAAAACCACAACCUAAGGUCUCCAACGAUGAUCUCGAGAUGGAAACCGAUUCCGGAGGAGAAACAGACGACGAUGAGUUUCAGCGCCAAGAGACGCCACCAAGACUCAAACGCCCUCAAGCUACCAGGGAGAAAUCUCCAGUUCCCACAGAGAAAAACCAAGGGACAGAUGAUGAGCCCGUCGAGAAAUCACCGCUCCCUGAGCGACAGAAACCGCCAUCAAAACCGCCUAAAAGCCUCGGUGUGAUUGGGGGUAAAAAGCAGCUCCAUCAAGCACCACCGAAGUCACCUCCUGCCCCAGAACGGGAUGUCACAACAAAGAAGUCAUCACAAACGCAUGAUCAAAAUGACCUCUUAACGGACGAAGACAAAACCGAUUCCGGUUCCGAUGGGCGGGCAGCCUCGCCUUCACCACCAGCGACCCCCAAGCAUAAGGAACAGGCUCAGAAGCCAUCAGUAAAGCCGCAUGGGCUAGGGGUGAUUGGUGGUCACCACCGAUACAGUUCCCCUUCGAAAGCCAUCGCCACCUCGAAGGGCUGA